AUGUCAAAUACCGAGACGCUAGGACCUUUUCCUCCGAGUGCACUGUCGCCUGCAAGCUCCAUCGAUGCAAAUUCAGAUACUGAAUUCGAUAAGCUCAUCGAACAUCAAACACGGAAAAGUGAGCUUAUCAAGAAAAGAGACGCCCUUGCCCGCAAGAGACUACAAUUGAAAGAAGAGACCAAUCGCCUCAAUGCUAUUCUUUCGAAGCACAAACAACACAAGCUUCAACAAGAGACUAAGAAGAAACUUGAAUUUUUUCUCCAUCAAAAUGAUCACGAAUCUAUAAAGCUAUCUGCGCCGGACCAAGCAGCCAAUUUCGUGCUAGAUAAUCUUGACAUACUUCCAUCGUUUGAUUACAACCUAAGAAGAGGACUUUCCGGGAAAUUUUAUCCCAACAUGCGCGUUGACGACAUAAAAACUUGCAGCGAAUUUCUUAAUGGAGCUAGAACUCAUCUCUUGUCAUUUACUGUAGCUGGCGACGGUUUGCCUAGUUUGAAGAUCGAAAUGAAAGUGUGCGAUGAAAUAGUUAUUGAUCUCACAGUGAAAAACUAUGAUCAAAUUUCGUCUAAUUUGCAAAGAAUCAGCCAGUCAUACCAAAAAGGAUUGUUGUUAGAUUACAUCGCCGGUCGUAAGUUGGAUCUCAUUAUGAGUUCAUACAAUUCAUUGGCAUACAUACAGAACGAACGGGUUUCGGUCUUCUACGCGAUUGCCAGGCGCUAUAUAGCGUAUGUCACUCAUCCUCCAUCCGCUCUCAAAUGGCAGGACGACCCGCUCACAUGUUUCCUGUGCUUGCCAUUCAUUCAAUUGACUGUGGAAUCAAAUGAAAGGCAAUACAACGUUAAACUUCAUUGGAGCCUCAUACUUGCGAAGCCUAGUAUUGGAAAGAUUGACUCCAAGGUUCGUAUUACGGUGCUCAAUGAACAACACGAGCCUUUGGAGGGUGCAAAUGAUCUAUUUCUACGACUUCUCUCAGAGUAUGGCCCCGAAAAAGCGUUCCAUCUCAUUCUCAAUAACCUAUUUAAUAUUUAA